AUGCCUGAGGAUGGCAGCAUGAUUAGUGUCGAUGACCUAGCAGUCAGGUUGAAGAUCAAUGCGGAGCUUGCAGUCCGCCUCCUGCGAGCUUGCCCUAGCACGCACUUCUCUGAGGCUCCCGGUGUCAACCACUAUGCGCACAAUGCCCGUUCAUGUGUCUUCCUCUCCCCCGACAACGGACGCUGUUUGCACAUAUACAACUUUACCGGAGAAGGCGUCUUGGCCAUUCCUCUCGUUAUGGGGAGUCGACGAACUGGACAACCACUGGCGAUUACUACCGUGGGCCCUUCCAGCUGGCCGUAG